AUGGAUAACAUCAAAGAAUUCAAUGCCAAAAGUGCUUUCCCUUACGCACUUGGCUUCAUUGGUUGUGGAAACAUGGCAUACGCCAUUGUCUCAGGUUUGAUCAAAGCAAAACUUUUUGAAGAAACUUCAAUAAUUGUGAGUGGAACAAAAAUGGAAUCAUUCGAAAGGUGGACGCAUUUCAAUGUUGCUAAAACCUUGAAAAACAAAGAAGUUGUCGAGAAGAGUCAAAUAACAUUUCUUUGCGUUAAACCAAAUGUAGCGAACGCAAUCGCUAAUAGCAUGGGAAAAGACGUGACAACUUCUCCUAAUCAAACAUUUGUGUCAAUUCUCGCUGGAAAAUCUCUCGAAGAUAUCAAAGACAUAUUCAAGAAUCUCCAACAUUUAAAUUUUAUUCGUGCUAUGCCUAACACACCACUCAUGGUAUGUGCUGGAGCUACAGCACUCACUGCCGAUGAUGUCAGAAGUGAAAGUUCUCUUCGGAACUUCGAAGUCAUCAAAAGCAUUUUCAAAACUUUAGGCAUUGUUGAGAUUGUUGAUGAAAAUAAAUUUCAUGCAAUCACAGGAUUGUCUGGAUCAGGACCAGCAUACAUUUACAUAAUGAUCGAAGCAUUAUCAGAUGCUGGUGUAAAACAAGGACUACCGAGAGAUCUUGCUACGAAAUUUGCAGCUCAAACAGUGUUUGGUGCCUCAAAAACACUUCUCGAAACUGGGCUUCAUCCAGGACAAGCUAAAGAUCAAGUGACAAGUGCUGGUGGAACGACAAUUUACGGUUUACAUGAACUUGAGAAAGGAAGAAUUCGUGAUAGUUUAAUUAACGCUGUUGAAGCUGCAACAAAACGAAGCGAGGAAAUGUCAAAAUAUGUUGCACCAAUGAACAUUUUUAUAUCAAAAUAA